CCAACUUGUAUGGCUGGCCAGACCAGAUAAGAUGGUACAGUACUAGUACUAUUAUUCCCUUCUGACUCUUGUCUUUUCAUAUUUUCUUAAUUAAUAGAGUAAAAUUUUCCCAGUCAUACCCUUCAUCAAGCCGUUUAGGAAAGGAAACUUCUUCAUGAUCUCCCCAUCAUUUUAAUUAGUAAACUGCAUAUGCAUAUAUAUAAAGGCUAAGAUUUCCGAUUUCCUUUGUCGAAUUUUCCAGUCAAACAUAGCCCUAAAAACCUCCUUUUGAAGAUUCUCACCCGUUUUCAGUCUUUAAUUGCAUCCCUAAACCCAAGCCCCAAUUUCUCCAUACACGGAAGGAGAUCAACUUUUAUACUUGUAUAUAACCACCACCCAUAAUCCCUCCAGACCAAAACCAAAAUCAAAACCAAAAUCAGAAAAAAAAAAAAAAAUGGGCAAAUUUCCCUCACUUGUUUUCUUUUUCCUUUUCGUUUCUUCUCUUUCAUUGGCAUGCUCCGAUUCCUCCUAUCAAACAUUCCUCCAAUGCCUCAAAACAAAAUCACCCCCCCAAUCACCAGAAAUCUCCUCAAUCCUCUACGACCCAACCAACUCCUCCUUCCAAACCGUCCUCCAAUCCUACGUCCGUAACCGCCGCUUCAACCGGUCCACCACCCCUAAACCCCUCCUCAUCGUCACCCCCAAAACCGAGACCCAUGUUUCAUACGCCGUCCUCUGCGCCCAAGCCAUCAACAUCCAACUCAAAAUCCGCAGCGGCGGCCACGACUACGACGGAAUCUCCUACGUCUCCGACCAACCCUUCAUUAUCCUCGACAUGUUCAACCUCCGGUCCAUCUCUAUCGACCUCCCAACCCAAACCGCUUGGGUCCAAGCCGGUGCCCAACUCGGCGAGCUCUACUACCAAAUAUCCACCAAAAGCAAAACCCUCGGUUUCCCGGCCGGCGUUUGCCCCACCGUCGGCGUCGGUGGCCACCUCAGCGGCGGCGGAUACGGCAACAUGCUCAGAAAAUACGGCCUGUCCGUCGAUCACGUGACCGACGCGAGAAUCGUGGACGUGAAAGGUAGGAUUUUGGACAGGAAAGCAAUGGGAGAGGAUUUGUUCUGGGCCAUUAGAGGUGGCGGUGGGGCUAGCUUUGGAGUGGUCUUGGCUUACAAAAUUGGGCUGGUUCCCGUGCCGGAAACCGUAACCGUUUUCCGCGUCGAACGGACGUUGGCGCAGAACGCUACGGAGGUUGUUUAUAGGUGGCAGUACGUUGCUGAUAAGAUUGAUAAUGGUUUGUUCAUAAGGCUUUUGUUGCAGCCUGUCACUGUUAAUAAAACCAGGACGAUUAGAGCAUCGUUCAUUGGAGAGUUUCUGGGUGAUUGUGUGAAACUUAUGGAAGUGGUUGGGAAUGGAUUUCCGGAAUUGGGAUUCAAGAAAGAAGAUUGUAUGGAGAUGAGUUGGAUUGGAUCUGUUCUUUACUGGGCGAAUUUUGAUAACGGUACGAAACCGCAAGUACUGCUGAACAGGACUCCGGAUUCCUUGAAUUUCGGGAAGAGGAAAUCGGAUUACGUGCAGAAUCCAAUUUCCAAAGACGGGUUGGAGUGGAUUUGGAAGAAGAUGAUUGAAGUGGGGAAAACAGGAUUUGUUUUCAACCCAUAUGGAGGGAGAAUGAGCGAGAUCCCGGUGGGGGAAACGCCGUUCCCUCACCGGGCUGGGAAUAUAUUCAAGAUGCAGUACUCUGUGAAUUGGAAUGAAGAAGGGGUUGAUGCAGAUAAAGACUAUAUAAAUCAGAUUAGGAGACUAUAUAGUUAUAUGACUCCUUUUGUGUCAAAAUCUCCCAGGGGUGCAUAUUUGAACUAUAGGGAUCUUGAUAUUGGUACUAGUGCGAAUGGGAAGAACAGUUAUGAGGAAGGGAAGGUUUAUGGGGAAAAGUAUUUCUUGGGGAAUUAUGCUAGGUUGGUGAAAGUGAAGACCAUGGUUGAUCCAGGGAAUUUCUUCAGGAAUGAACAGAGUAUUCCACCAUUUCCAUCGUAGAGGAGGAACAGAGGAAAGUUCAGAUACAGGGAUGUUGAUUUAUCGUAGUAGUAUUAGUUUGUUGGUAACCGCUUUGAUUAUUAUGCUACAUUGAUGAUAGUUUUAGGCAUUUUGAGGCCUUUUACCGAAGUGUCUGGUGAUGAGAAAUAAACGUACAAUUUGUAUCUC